CCACCACAGUCCCACCCAGUCCCACUCCGCGUCUCUCACUCAGCCCAGGACUUUCCGUUUCCUGCUGCCCAAGCUGAACGUUUCCCCCCUGGACUGCGGGGAUUUAAAUGCAGCCGGUGCCGGGAAGCCGGAUCCAAUCAGAGGCAGCGCUUCCCCCGGACGGAUGGGCAUGCUCCAGUGACAAUGACACCCAGGAAGGGCAAAUGGAAGCAAACACUUCAAUGGCUUCUCUCUGCUCCGGCCCCAGAAAUUAGCUUGCACUGCUUUAACCCUCUGCCUUUAACUCCUUCAAGCUGAAACAUGACGUUCUGCAAUUUCCAGUGGCAUCUCGUUUUGCUCAAUUUCAUGACCUGUGGCCUUGAGAUCUGCGUAGCAGCUGGAAUCACAUACGUGCCCCCCUUACUCCUGGAAGCAGGGGUAGAAGAGCAGUACAUGACCAUGGUUUUGGGUAUUGGACCUGUGCUAGGGCUCAUUUUUGUGCCCCUGAUUGGAUCAGCUAGUGAUAACUGCCAAAGCACCCUUGGCCGAAGGCGGCCGUUCAUCUGGCUUCUUUCCGUCGGCGUCCUCCUUUCUCUUUUCAUCAUUCCCCAUGCAGACUCCUUGGCCUCCUUUUUCAGUAACAGGGAAAAAAAUGCCCAUAUUUUUAUACUCAUUUUUGGGGUCGGAUUGUUGGAUUGUUGUGUCCAGGUCUGUUUCACCCCACUGGAGGCUCUUUUAUCGGACCUGUGCCACGAUGAUGAUGGCUGUGGUCAGGCGUUUGCCAUGUUCUCCUUUAUGAUCAGCUUUGGGGGAUGCAUCGGGUACCUACUGACAUCGGUUAACUGGAAUUAUACAUACAUAUCACUUUACUUUGGGGGUCAAGAUGAGUGCCUUUUCCUAUUGCUAACUGUUAUAUUUAUAAUAAGUGUCCUUGUUACAAUGAAGACCUCAGAGGAGCCUUUCUAUAACUCACAACAAAGGAUGGACCUGAAGCCUACAUCAACCUCAGGUUUGCUCCAUAGGGGCUGCUGUAUGCCAAAAUGGAAGCUAAGAUCUUGGAAAUGCAACCCUCUGUUCUGCCUCUUGAGUCUGUGCUGGUCGGUUACCCCAAGAGUUUACAGCAGCUACUGUCGCAUUCCGUCAGUCAUGAAGCAACUGUGCGCUGCCCAACUCUGCAGCUGGAUGGCUGUGAUGUCUUUUAUGUUGUUCUACACAGACUUUGUUGGAGAGGGAUUGUACAAUGGAAUUCCAAGUGCUGCUCCAGGAACUGAGUCCAGGCUGCGCUAUGAUGAAGGGAUCCGCAUGGGCAGCAUUGGCCUCUUCCUUCAAUGUGCCAUUUCCACCUUCUUUUCUGUCAUCAUGAACAAACUCACCAAGCACUUUGGCUCAAGGAGAAUCUACCUUGCCAGUAUGGUCACCUUCACUUCAUCCGCCCUAGUGAUUUGCCUAUCGCAGAAUAUUGUAAUUGUGACCAUUAUGUCAUCACUCACUGGAUUUGCUUAUGCCACACUGCAGACCCUCCCAUAUACCCUCAUCUGUCUCUAUCACAAAGAACAAGAUGUUUUCAUGCCAAGAGCUGUGCUGUCCCAAAACAAGAAUGGAUAUACCCUCACCAAAGAAGCAGUUUAUUUUUCAUCCAACAAUAAUGAGGAUGGUACUUUUAAGCAUAAUGGGGCACCACAGGGUAAAGAAAAACACAUAUAUAUUCCUCAUGAACUGGAGACUUAUACUCAGGACUAUCCCUAUCCUUCAAACUCAAUUCUUCCUGCCGUCCAGAAGGAAACAUCUCAGGACAAUUACACCCAAAGGGGCAUCGGACUGGAUUUUGCGACUCUUGAUAGUGCUUUCUUGCUCUCCCAGGUCUUCCCUUCCCUCUUCAUGGGGAUGAUAGUGCAGUUUAUGGAAAACGUGACAGUGUACAUAGCCUCAUCUGUCCUCUUUGGGGUUUUUGCUAUUUAUUUGGCCAGCCGUGUUGUGUUUGACCAAAAAGACUUAAAACUUUAAAGAUAUUUGCUGUUUACUGUGUUCAUGUUUACAAGACUUAAAUGGUUGCUACGUUUUCAGUCCUAACUUCCAGCACUAGAACCUUUAACCAUACCUGCAAACAUUCCCAAUUCAAAAUGCAAGGUAUUUUUGCUACGACCCAAAUGAGUCCAAGCAAGUUCCAUCCAAAAUGGCACAGUUGAUAAACAUGCAAAAUGUAUCAUUACCAAUGUGCCAAGGAUUGCGAGAGAAAUAAGUAUCCAAUGUUGAAUUUUACUUGUCAGAAGAACUGGGUAUUUUUACAUCACAAAACUGGAGAAUUCGUUUUUUUUUUGGCAGAGGUGGGGGUAGGUGUCUUAAAAUGGUUAUUAGAAUUUAGGACAGACCAGUGAGAAUUAUUCAUUGAAUAAUUCUAAAUAAUUCUAAAGUUAAACUUUCUGUCAUGAGUGCAAUGAAUAGGGUUUGUGAUGAUCUUUGUCUAUUGCUUUAAGUGAGAAAAAUCAAUGGUUUUUGAUAUGUCUUGAGCUAAACUGGGCAAACAGGGAAACUGAAGCUUCUCCAGUUGGGCUCCUUACAAGGCAGAUAAUUAGAUUACCAGUGUGUACAACCCAUUCCCUUCACUCUUUGCUGUGAGCAGUUUUGUAUGCAGGGAGUUAAACAGGUGGCUCGCCUUCAGGCUAAAUUUUAGUAUGUUAUAGAAUGGCCAAUUCUAAGCAACAAUCGGCCUUAAUUUUUUAUAGUUUUCGAAUGAUUUGCCACCUUCUUCCUAUAAGGCUACAAAUGUAUUGUUAUUCCUACUUUUUAUUACUCGUCUAUCUAUUCAUAUCCUCUCCUAUUCAUAUUCCAGUUUCUUAUUGAAAUCAAUGCAUGAUUGCUGGGGUAGCUUGGACCCUAGCAACCAGAUUGCUGAAAUAGCAAACUGGAGAGCUGCUAAAUAACCCCCCCAAAAAAAACCCCCCACAAAUAAUACAAAAUUGAAACCAUUUGCAAAUUGUCUCAGAAGAUGACUCUCUACAUUAUAUUAAAUGUUCAUUUAAAGGUGAACAGCCCCUUUAAUUUGUGCACUGGGAAUCUAGUUAUCUAUCUUGCAAGGACCCAGCAUGAAGUAGCUUCAUUGUACCUGAUUGUACCUGAUUUAGCUCAAGAAAUAAAACAAUAGGCAUAAAAGUAUGUUAAGCACAAGCCCUAUUCGUUGAAAUUCUAAUGAAAAUGGGUAUGCUGCCCCUUUAAAAUUUCAUUCAGUUGUCAGUCUGCCCUCUUAAAACUGCUACCUACGAAUGACAAAAUUGCAUUGUCAAUAAAGGGAAUAUAAACCUUCCAUAACACUGUUGCUUGACCUUAGUACAUACCUACAUAAACCAGCAGCUAAACCAGCCACUAUGCCUUCCAUUUUUAAUUUUCCCAUCAUUUUAUUUUUUACAUUUUCUAUCAGUUGCAUUGGUUUUCCCUUGUCGCAGUGAAGAAGAUGCCCAUUUUUCUCAUACUGUCUGGUUACAACGUUCCUUACAUGCUUUGAUGGUCCUAAUGCCCUUUUCAAAUAACCAACAAAAGAGAAUAUGGGCACAGUAAUAAAGGAAAUGUGGUCUAACACCAUUGGGCAUGGGGCCUGAAAAAAAAAGAAUAUGGGGCUUUUAAGAGAUGCUAGAGCUUAAUAUUGGGCUGCAGGCACUUACACCCAAGCACCACUCAGACUGAAUGCAAAGGAUUUUCUCUUAAACAGAUAUGAAAGGGAUGUUAAAGGCACUGGAUCCGGAGGUGCCGGUAAGUGCUCCCAGAAAAUUCUUUAAUGACUGUUAGAUACAGGAAAGACUGUUCAUAUUUAACUGUAAAUCUUUGUCUCUCUUUCCUUUUAAUAUGUAAAUGGUGACAAUUGUCAUGAAAGUGCCUGAGCAAUGCAAUUAAAGCAGACUUAUUUAUAGUAAUUUUAUUUUCUGUACCAAAACAAAUCUAAUUUAUACUGUAGAUAUGGAGAUCCUUUUGUAACUUGUAAGCCAUAUUCGUAUAUAUAAAAUAAUGUUCAGUUAACAAAAUUUUAAUAAAUUAUUAAACUGCCAA